ACAUGAAACGGCGUGACGCGUCCAGAGCAGGGGCUGAUGGGAGCUUUGGUUCCUCUGCUAGAAACCACGUGGCCCUGGUCUGAUCUCUCAGCUCGUCCUUGUUUGGCCUCAGCUGCAUCAGAGCGCCACUUCUCCCCAGGUUCACCAGAGGAAACUCCACUGCACACAAUGCUUUUCCUCCCAGCUGCUGCUCUGUGCUGGCUGGGUUCAGCGCUGGCUGCCAUGGCAACACAGCUGGUUCAGGACCAGUUAUCACUUGUUGCUAAAGCUGGUCCCACUGUCUCUGUUCCUUUAAAGUGUUCAGGAACAAACGGCUGUGAUAAAAAUCAGGUUUACUGGUAUCAAACCACAGAGAGAGAUCCACUCAGAGGGAUUCUACGCAUCGAUCUGAUCAAUGGAGAUGUUAAUAAACGUUACAGUCAUCCUCAGCGAGAUGAUUUCACAGCUUCACGUGAAGGAAACGGCUGUAUUUUGAUAAUCAAUGGAGUUAAAGAGGAGCAUAAAGGCUCCUAUUACUGCGCCUGCUGGAGGUCUGGUUCCCACAGUGAGCAACGAUCCGAGCUGCCUGAACAAAAACCUGAACAGACGUUACACAGGAAUGUUAAAGUACACUCUGCAUCAGAGCGCCACUUCUCCCCAGGUUCACCAGAGGAAACUCCACUGCACACAAUGCUUUUCCUCCCAGCUGCUGCUCUGUGCUGGCUGGGUUCAGCGCUGGCUGCCAUGGCAACACACCUGGUUCAGAAGGAUCUGACUCUGACCAGGAACGCUGCUGCAUCAGAGCGCCACUUCUCCCCAGGUUCACCAGAGGAAACUCCACUGCACACAAUGCUUUUCCUCCCAGCUGCUGCUCUGUGCUGGCUGGGUUCAGCGCUGGCUGCCAUGGCAACACCGCUGGUUCAGGACCAGCUAUCACUUGUAGCUAAAGAAGAGAGAGAUCCGCUCAGAGUGAUUCUACGCAUCGACCUGACCAGUGGAUUUCCUAAUGAUCGGUACGGUCAUCCUCAGAAAAAUGAUUUCACGGCUUUCAGUGUAGGAAACAUCUGUAGUCUGAAGAUCAAAACAGUUAAAGAGGAGCAUAAAGGCUCCUAUUACUGCGCCUGCUGGAGAAACCGGCUCCUUGCUCACGCUGCAGACGCUGAGGUUUUUGUAUCAGAGGGUUUCGCUGUGGAAGGAUCAGGAGGAUCUAACGAGUCCAACAAGUACCUCAUCUUUGGGACAGGAACAAAACUUUAUGUAACAGAGGUCAGAAAGCAGGAACCUGAGGUGAGCCUGUACUCCGCGGCUCCGGACCGGAAGGAGCCGCGGCCGGACCGGAAGGAGCCGCUGCUAUGCGUCGCUUCAGGAAUGUUUCCGCCUGUGGUCCGGUUCACCUGGAAAAGGAAGAAGGAGGACGGGAAGGAGGAGGUUCUUCCUGCUGGAGCGGAGCAGCUGGAGCUCAGCGAGUCGGGUCGGUUCUCCUCCAUCAGGAUGGUGGAUCCGGAUCCUCAGCACAUCUACGAGUACCGCUGCUCCGUCCAACAUGAAGGGGGCGCUAAAGAGUCUCCCUCAAAAACAGUUCUCCCCCGCCCGCCCGGCCCUCCGCCCCCCACCAGGUCUCUGGGCUUCAGCCAGCAGCUCGUCUUCCUCAUUUACUCGCUGCUCAUCGCCAAGAAUCUGCUCUACUUCUGCAGCCUCUUCCUGAUCAGCGUCUGUGGAACCAGCAGAGCUGAAUGAUGGUUCCCAGUUUGUCCUGGAAACCAGCAGAGCUGAUUGAUGGUUCCCAGUUUGUCCUGGAAACCAGCAGAGCUGAAUGAUGGUUCCCAGUUUGUCCUGGAAACCAGCAGAGCUGAGUGAUGGUUCCCAGUUUGUCCUGGAAACCAGCAGAGCUGAUUGAUGGUUCCCAGUUUGUCCUGGAAACCAGCAGAGCUGAAUGAUGGUUCCCAGUUUGUCCUGGAAGCUUCCAGACAUGAAUGUAAAACUUUCUGUUCAAACUGGAUCAUAAACGUGAAAACGCUUCUACAUGCUGCAUUUCUAUACGGUUCAUCCAACAGGAGAUAAAAACGUCAUUAAUCGUUUUAGGAAUGUGAAAAUAUUUUUUUAUCUUUUGAAUGAAAAAUUGCAUAAAUCUGCUUUGUUUACAUUUAAUGUUUUUAUUGCAAAUAAUUUCUUUCAUUUUAUUCUUUACUCAGUUUAUGAAUGUUUUUUUUUCUGCCAGCUGAAAAUCUUUUAACUCAACCUGAAUUAAAUCUGAAUAUUUUCUCUUUAUUAGUCUGAAUGUAAAGUGAUUUUCUGUAUCCCAUAAAUCUGGUGAAAUAAAAUGUAAUUAAUAAAGAAUUUGUUUCAACUUA